AUGAGUUAUCACUCACGUAGGACUUUAACACCUGGCGCCUCAAAGAAGCGCAAAGAGAGAGAGGCACUGUCUUAUUCAAUGAAGCCGAAAUCGGCUUCGGCUCAACCAGCUUCAAAUCUUGACGAGCCGAUUUCCUCUAAUCGGCUACUAGCCGGCUACAUGGCGUAUGAGUUCUUGACUGAAGGCACCCUUCUUGGGCAGAAGUUCGAUCCGGCUCGAGCAGAAGUCAUGUCUCUAGCUGGCGGCUCGGUGGAGUGCUCGAAGAGAGGGGAGCCGGGGAAGAAGAAGGAACACGAGAGUUACGCUGAGGUGGCAAGCAUUUUAAAGAGUGAAGGGGCCCACAUUCCCGGGAUUGUUAAUCCUUGCCAGCUGGCCAGGUGGAUCCAGAUGUAG